AUGGUGCCUCUACCUCUGUUCAAGCUCGCAUCGCUCUUCGUACGGCACAUCUCCAAAUAUGGCGCGAACCAAAUCAAGGCACAAGCCCACGACCACCCACGAUUUCGCGCAUUCGCCGCAAAGUACGGCCAGCACAUCCACCAACUAAACAUGCGCAUGUCCGUCGCCCUACUCCGCGACCCCGAGGCAGAGCGCCGCGCCAAAGAACGAGCCGAAGCUCCCACGGUCAAAACCGAGGAGCAACACAAGCGCGACGAGGCGGCCAAGUCGAAAUCCAGCCCUGGCAGCUCCUCCUCCUCCUCGCCACAGUCAGCAAAGUACCCCCGAUUCACGUUCCAAAACGUGUGGAAGAGGAAAUUCCGGCCUCUUCCCGAGGGCAAAGCAGUCGACCUAUUCGCAGACGUUAUUGGUGAUGCGUUUAUCCUCGGUGUGGCAGGUGGCUUGAUCAUAUACGAGUCGUGGAAGGCGUUGCAAAAACCAGAUGUGAACAAGCAGCGAAUCGAGGACUUAGGCGAGAGGGUGGAGGCUCUGAGGAGGAGAGAGGAGGAGCUGGCGGAUGCGGAGGAGAAGCAGAGACAGAGGCUUGAGUCCCUGGAGGAGGCUUUGAGGGCUCUCAAGGACCCCAAGACGAAGGAGCCUCUGUUACCGACAUUACAGCCUUGA